CAAAUAUUUAGGUGCAGACUGCCAGAAUGAUUUGAACUAAGACGAAUAUCUAGUGUUCCACAUAACCUCUCCCAGUUCCCCGCUAUGCCCCUUAUAUCAGAGGAGUUCGCAGAGAAAUACCAGGAGUAUAGACUUGUGAGUGUCCCUGAAACUGUGUAUUAUAUUCCAAACUUCUUAACAAAAGAUGACGUUGUGAUGCUCUUGGAAAAGGUUUAUAAUGUGCCAAAACCAAAAUGGAAGAAUCUUAAUAAUAGGAGAUUACAGAAUUGGGGCGGUCUUCCACAUCCUAAAGGAAUGGUGCUGGAAUCUCUCCCACCAUGGCUGCAAACCCACUGUACCAAACUUGAAAAAGAAGGUCUCUUCUCUGGAACCCACAUAAACCACGUACUGGUAAAUGAGUACAAACCUGGACAAGGAAUCAUGGCUCACGUGGACGGUCCCCUCUUCACACCUCUCAUCGCCACCCUCAACUUAGGGAGUAGCUGUCUCCUUAAAUUCCAGACCAGAGAUUCAGACACUGAUCAUCUUAAGGAUGAGUUCUCCUUGUUCUUGGAGGAGGGCAGUGUCCUGGUACAGACAGGCGAGGUGUAUGAGAGGUUUCUGCAUGGAAUUGAGGAAGUUGAGGAAGAUUUGGUGUCGGAAGAUGUAGCGAAUUUGGGAUUGUGCCAUGGAGUUUCUGUGGGGGAUGUUGUGAAAAGAGGGACGCGAGUUUCUUUGACUAUCAGAAGCGUUCCAAAAGUGGUUAAAUUUAAACUUAGGCUGUGAUUUUUGAUAGUUCUGUAGUAUUAAGAAGUGUUUUUUAAACUUUAAGUUGUCUUUUUUUAAUUUGGGUACCGAAUUAUCAGCAGUUUCGUUAGUCGAUGAGGUUCCAAGACUGAAUAUUGAUUUUUGCCGCAAAUCUUUCAAUUAUUUUCUACACCAAUAUUUGGAUGUCAUAUUUGACAGGAAACUAUAACAUUAAAAUACUCGACUGAAUGUGAAAAUUUGGUUUUGUUAGUAAUUAUAAAAUGUAAUAUUUUUAAUGUUGUUUCAACGUUACAAUUUACAGUGUUGAAUUGCUAUUGACUGAACACACGAGGUUGUAUUUUAGUAAGCCAUGAUUGGUGGAAUAAAAUGUUUGACAAUCUAUUUAGUACACCAUCUAACAAUUAUAACGCGAUUCCUUCGUUCAUAAUUUUGCUUGAUUGGUCAAGUAUGUCGUUGUAAUACCAGUAUUUUUGUCGUUUUUAUUUUUAAAGUAUUGAGCUAGAUUUGUUACUGAAUCGUCAUAUCAAAACCUACGAGAACCUCCAAAGAAUUAUUCGAUUGAGCAAUAGACGACCAAGUUACAAGCCGAUUAAGGCUGAGCGAAGAAGAAUUAUAAUAAUACAGUUCCACAAGUUUUUGUGAUUGUAGAUGAUCAGCUGACGGUCAUGGACAAGUUUCGGCAGCCAGCUCAGUUUACCAUUAUUACGUCUUAAUUAAGCCUGAAAGAAAUUACUGGGUCCUUGGCAGAUAAACAAAGUCACCCAGUAUAUCUAAUACAAAGUGGCUCCUGGUAACAUAGCUAAUAACAAUGCCAAGCUUCAAGCAACAAAGAAAAGUACAAUCAGGAACAAUAGAUUGGGACCUAACGUCGGUACAAUGAGUCACAGCCUGCCACCUACCCACACCCUUGCUUGUUUGCUGUAUAGUCAUUUCCUUUAUUCGAUAUUCGUUGUUUUGUUGCUUGAGGUAAUCUGGAACUUCUGGAAAAUGGGAAUACAAAGUGAGAACACAAAACUCACUCUAAAAGUGAUAGGAGCUGGCUACCCUCGAACUGGAACGUACAGCUUGAAAAACGCUCUCCAAAUCCUUGGCUACAAAUGUUAUCACUUUGAAGACAUAUUCACCACGCCAGGCCACGCUCAAAUCUGGUGUGACUACAUUGAAAACAAGGUUGAGAGUGGACCACCUCUUAGUAAACUUUUGGCUGGAUAUGAUGCCGUGGUAGAUUUCCCCCACGCGCUGUACUACAGUGAGCUCCGGGCACUGUGUCCUGACGCUGCAGUCCUCCUUACUAAACGUGAUCCUGAACUGUGGGUGAACAGUAUGACACAUUUACUGGAAACUGGUAAUACAGUCAGGAGGUACAAGUGGAUCUUGAAAUACUUUCUAACCAAUCAGCUUGGUCAAUAUAUUGUCAUCGGUGAUUUUAUCCACAAGAAAGCGUUUGGUGAAAUGAGCAGGAAGGAACUUGUGGAGUCGUACAACUCUCAUAAUAAGCUACUUGAAUCAGAUCCUGGUGUAACUGUUAUGGAUCCUAAAGAGGGAUGGCAGAAACUGUGUGCCGUGCUGAAAGUUGAUAUCCCUGAUACCCCAUACCCUCAUCUGAAUUCAAAGGCAGGUUUAUUGAAGAUGCAUCUGAUGAAGAACAUAAUAAAGUGUACCUUCUUCUGGUACAUUCUCCCUCUGUGUGGCAUUAUUCUGGCGUUUUAUAAACUGUUUUAAGUAUGAAAGUACAUUUUUGAAGUUCAUUUAAUAAUGUAAUUUAAUAUUCAAAUACUAGAUUGUGUAUUAUUUUCCUCUUAAUUAAAAUCCAGAUUCAUUAAAAAUAAUUACCAUUUGGCAAUUUGAUUUUGUUCGUCGAACAUUUUAUUGUUUCAUAGCUGAGAAUGUUGUUACGAUGGUGUGUUAAUAUAUUUGAAAACUCCUAGAUAGUGAGCAGGAGUGCAAAGGACUGCCAAAUACUCUGUAGGGGGUAUAAGGAAUCGUUUAUGAUCCUGUACAGUGUACAGUGUACAGUGUACAGUGUACAGUGUACAGUGUACAGUGUACAAGCAACUUUUGACUUUUAUUUGUAUGAUUUCUAAUCACAGAUUCAUUGCUAUAGAAAGGGAACUUUUCCCGACUUCAUCCGAAUGUUACGAUCUGUUC